AUGCCAGGAGGUGAUAAUUGGAAUGAAGAGAACCAUUCAAAUCAUACAGAAAUUUGCGACAACACCUUUGGUUCUUCAGAAGCAAAACUGGCCAGCAUUUUGGGGACAACUGUGAUCCAACCUGGUUGCCUAUCAUUGACACCCGGUCCUUUUUCAUUGGUCGAUAACAAUGUUGAAUGGUAUGCAUUAAAACUGAUGACAGGACAGGAAUCAAAGAUGACACCUGCUGAUCAUCAACAGCUUCAACAAGACUUUUUAAUGUGGAAUGAUAGAAACCCAGUUACAUGCCGAUGGAAAGAUUGUAAAAACCCCGAUGUUAUACUUGGUCUUUUCAAGAAACACAUGAAGGAUCACCUAUCCACCGAAUUGAUUUCCGGCGUAAAUAAAACAAAGUGUAUUUGGACCAAAGAUGAUCAAUCGAUAUGUGGAGUAUCCUUAGACAGUACUAAGUGGGAUGUGAUAGGUCACAUCAUGGGAUUUCAUCUAGGUGGAAAAGAUGGUCAACUCAGCAAACUCACACCAUCUCCAAAUGUCAAAGGCCCUUUGACAACAAUUUAUAUUGGAGUAUUUGGAUUACAUCCACUCUGUAACCCCAAACUAUAUCUUUUUGACACCACUGAUAAAGAUCUUAAGACCCACAGAGAUGACCAGAAUAAUGAAUAUCCCCAAAUUGUAGUCCACAAUAGUCUGCGCGACAGAAAUAUUUUUUAUUGUACCAUUCUCACGAUUUUAACAUCAACCAGUUCUGUUGUUCCGCUUGACACCCCACGCCGACCACUUAAAGCAUUGGCAAGCUAA